GACGGAGGAGACAAGAUGGCGCUGCGGGCGAUGCGGGGUAUCGUGAACGGGGCCGCACCCGAGCUACCAGUGCCUACCAGUGGGCCGGUGGUGGGGGCUCGGGAGCAGGCGCUGGCUGUUAGCCGGAACUACCUCUCCCAGCCUCGCCUCACCUACAAGACAGUAUCAGGAGUCAAUGGUCCACUAGUGAUCUUAGAUCAUGUUAAGUUUCCCAGAUAUGCUGAAAUUGUCCACUUGACAUUACCAGAUGGCACAAAGAGAAGUGGGCAAGUUCUAGAAGUCAGUGGAUCUAAAGCAGUGGUUCAGGUAUUUGAAGGUACUUCAGGUAUAGAUGCCAAGAAAACGUCAUGUGAGUUUACUGGAGAUAUUCUCCGAACACCCGUGUCUGAGGAUAUGCUUGGUCGGGUAUUCAAUGGAUCAGGAAAACCCAUUGACAGAGGCCCUGUUGUGUUGGCUGAAGACUUCCUUGACAUCAUGGGUCAACCAAUCAAUCCUCAGUGUCGAAUCUAUCCAGAGGAGAUGAUCCAGACUGGCAUUUCAGCCAUAGAUGGCAUGAACAGCAUUGCCAGGGGGCAGAAAAUUCCUAUCUUUUCUGCUGCUGGCUUACCACACAAUGAGAUUGCAGCUCAAAUAUGUCGGCAAGCUGGUUUGGUAAAGAAAUCCAAAGAUGUUGUAGACUACAGUGAGGAAAAUUUUGCUAUUGUGUUUGCUGCUAUGGGUGUAAACAUGGAAACUGCCAGAUUCUUCAAAUCUGACUUUGAAGAAAAUGGCUCAAUGGACAAUGUCUGCCUGUUUUUGAACCUGGCUAAUGACCCAACCAUUGAACGAAUUAUCACGCCUCGCCUGGCUUUAACCACAGCUGAAUUUUUGGCCUACCAAUGUGAGAAGCAUGUACUGGUUAUCUUAACUGACAUGAGUUCUUAUGCUGAAGCCCUUCGAGAGGUCUCGGCAGCCAGAGAAGAAGUUCCUGGUCGGCGUGGUUUCCCAGGUUACAUGUAUACAGAUUUAGCCACAAUAUAUGAACGUGCUGGCCGAGUAGAAGGUAGAAAUGGCUCUAUUACACAGAUUCCAAUUCUCACCAUGCCUAAUGAUGAUAUCACUCACCCUAUCCCUGACUUAACUGGAUACAUUACAGAAGGACAAAUCUAUGUGGACAGACAGCUGCACAACAGACAGAUUUACCCACCUAUCAACGUGCUACCCUCAUUAUCACGGUUAAUGAAGUCAGCUAUUGGUGAAGGGAUGACCAGAAAGGAUCAUGCUGACGUAUCGAACCAGCUGUAUGCCUGCUAUGCUAUUGGUAAAGAUGUACAAGCCAUGAAAGCUGUAGUUGGAGAAGAAGCCCUUACCUCAGAUGAUCUUCUUUACUUGGAAUUUCUGCAAAAGUUUGAGAGGAAUUUUAUUGCUCAGGGUCCUUACGAAAACCGUACUGUUUAUGAGACUUUGGACAUUGGCUGGCAGUUGCUCCGAAUCUUCCCCAAAGAAAUGCUGAAGAGAAUCCCUCAGAGCACCCUGAGCGAGUUCUACCCUCGAGACUCUGCAAAGCACUAG